AUGAGAGAAAUAAUUCGCAAUAUUUAUUAUUAUUAUCCUGAUUUUGUCGAAAAUUUUUUGAUGAUCAAAAAAAAACGUGGAAAGCCGGCAGUGUCUUCUUCAUCAAAGAAUACAAUAAGUGUGCAUUUAACAUUUUACUUGAAGACAAUGGGAGAUUCUUUUAUUGGAAAGCUAGUACUUUUCCCACUGCUGAAAAUGCAAAAUCCAUCGGACUGGCGAAUACCGAAAUGUGACACGGCUGGAUGCAAAGGAUGGUAUUGUAAAAACGAUGAACACAGCCGAAACAUUCAAAUUGCCUUCAAAACUCUGCUGUUAGCCGGUUGCGAUUUUGCCCUCAUCAUUUGUCUACGCAUUAUUAGAGAACGCCGCACUGCUUAUGACCGCCCACAAUGCGGAGCUGGAAUGCGACAUAGAGACGAACCUGAGUUGCUCAGCGCAACAGCAACUCCCUCCCCACUGCACUACUAUAUAGCCCUCCAACAAAGCUGA